GAUAAAGUGUAAGUGUAGUGAAAAAUGACAAACCAAAGAUGGUGUCCAACGUGUCACUGAUAGGGCUGGCGCUGGAGCGCAACUCGUCGCUGCUGGACGUGCUGGACGGGCAGCUGGACGAGCUGGACAUCUUCUUCCGACCGGAGCCUGUGUUGAUUGCGCUUUACGUGCCUGUCAUAUUGUUGUCGCUCGCAGCUAACGUACUACUCAUCGUUGUCGCCGUGAAGUGCAACUACACUAAAAACGUCACGAACAUCUUCCUGGUGAACCUGUCGACGGCAGACCUGCUGGUGACGGGCGUCUGCAUGCCGCUGCAGCUCAGCAAGGCGGUGACGCUGGUCUGGUUCUACGGCGAGACCGUCUGCAAGAUCGUCAACUACAUGCAAGGUGUAGCAGUGGCAGCAAGCGUAUUCACAAUCGCGGCGAUGUCCGUCGACCGAUGGCUCUCCAUCUCUCCAGAGCCGCGCCUGCGGCCCCCGAGCCGGCGGCAAGCGGUCCUCCUACUGCUACUGCUGUGGUGUGCCGCCAUGCUCAUCUUCAUUCCACUGCUCAUGGUGGCCACUGUCCAAAGAGAAGCUGUGCCUGUUAUCUCUAAAGGCCUUUUGAACGUUUCGAUAGUUUCGAGAGACGUCCACUUCUGCACGGAGGAGUGGGGGGAACUGGACACGCGGAAACAGUUCGGCAUGUUCAGCUUCACCCUCGUGUACGCUAUUCCUGGUUCAAUAACGAUAUUGUCGUACGCGUUCAUGGGCCGGACGCUGUGCUCCGUGAAGCCGCCGUUUGACAUUGACGAGGGAAAUGUCAGUAUGCAACAGGGCCUCAGGCUAAUGAAAGAGAGGAAGAGAGUGGCGUGGAUACUACUGCUUCUCGCCGUCCUUUUCGCUCUUUGCUGGCUCCCAUACAACAUCAUGCAGCUGCUGCUGGACAUGUACGUGGUCAACGCCAAGGACCUGAGCAUGUUUCUGCCUUACGCUUUACUAUUAGGACACGCGAAUUCCGCGAUCAACCCCAUAGUGUACUGUAUGAUGACGAGAAACUUCCAGCGCUCAGCGAGGAAGCUGCUGUGCGGCAGGAGCGUCUGCCAGCAAACCAAAUUUACGUGGCGCUGCACGCAAAAGCCCGAGGGUUCGUCCAGUGAUUACGAGCUCUAUCACGAGCCCCAUAAGCGGUGCUAUCUUCAGAUGAACACGCUCCGGCACAAUGGGCACUUCGCGCACGCGCACGGGCUGGACGCGCGCACGCAGCUCUCGCACGUGACGCGCUCCUCGCGCCGCGCCGCGCCGCACGCGCUCUCCGCAGAGAUGCUGCAGCGGCACGCGAAGCUCGACCUUAAGCGCUGA